CGCACCGAGACUUUCGAUGGCAAACCGUAUAAUCAGUUUUUAGGCAUUCCUUACGCCGAACCGCCUAUCGGUGACUUACGCUUCAAAAAGCCUGUUCCCAUAAAAGCGUGGUCUGAGCUCCGGGAGGCCAGCCAAUGGCCAAACCCUUGCUAUCAACAUAAUCCAGACUUUUUGGAUAAUUUCCGAAACAAACAAUUCAGUGAAGACUGUUUGUAUUUGAAUAUAUGGGCGCCGGUAGGUAUCAGUGUUGAAGCCAUGGACAAGAAUCAGCCUAAAGCUGUCAUGGUUUGGAUACAUGGAGGGGCUCUCAUAGUAGGCUCACCGGUGGAGGACUACUAUAGCGGACAUGUAUUGGCCACUAAAGGGGAUGUAGUGGUCGUAACCAUCGGCUAUAGAACCAGUACUUUUGGAUUCCUAUACACGGGUACAGACGACGCGCCCGGAAAUAUGGGUCUCUGGGAUCAGGUACUGGCCCUCCAGUGGGUCAACGAUAACAUCGAGCUCUUCGGCGGCGAUUCCCAUAGGGUAACAGUGUUUGGGGAGUCAGCCGGUGGAUGGUCUACCAGUUUGCACAUACUGUCCCCCAUAUCACGGCCUUUAUUUCAAAACGCUAUUAUGAUGUCCGGCGCCGCCAUUAACCGAAAUGCUGGUGAACCGGCCCGGGAUGUCAUGCAAAAGUGGUUGAGAGGGGCGCAGGCUAUCAACUGCACGGAAGGGGACGACAUCCCCGAGGAGUUUACGCCUAAAAUCAUUGACUGCUUACACAACACACCUGCAGAAACAUUAGCAGCCAUUCCCAUACUGCCGGCGCUAAUGGAGGGUAUUGUUGGUUGGAAUACAGUAGUCAUAAUAGACGGGGAGUUCCUACCGGCCCGACCCCUGGAAAUGCUUAGUAAAGGGGACCAUAAGAAAGGAAUCAAUUUAAUGGUUGGCACCGCUCAGGACGAAGGCUCCUGGAUCUUAUGGCUCACUGAGGAUUCUGUGAAGUAUAGCCAACACUCCCCGUCCCCUAUGACUCAUAUGGAGGCCUACAACGAGUUAAGUAGGAUUUCCCGUAAAAUGUGGUCCAAAGAGCCCAUUGACGGGGAAAUGGUGUCUAAAGUAUACUUCACGGGUCUGUCCGAUAAGACUCCACAGGAUAUACUCAGACAAACAAUAGGUGUGGCCAUCGGGGACUACCUGUUAGGCUGUCCGGCCAUACAGUUUGCGAAGACUUUAUACGAGAAUGAUGUGAGCGAUAGCCGUGUCUAUCAGUACUACUAUAACAGCAAAUUAGGUGAACCCAAACAACUGUGCUCCAAGUGGUCAGGUGUCUGUCAUUUCGAUGAUGUCUACCCAGAACGAGAUUUAUCCGAGAAAAUGAUCCACAUAUUUUCUACGUUUGCUAAAACAGGUGAACCUCCGGCACUGGACGGCGCCGAUUGGAAGGCCUACUAUCGGUUGGAUAACCACACGAUUAGACCGUAUUAUGAGUUCACAAACCAACCAAAACCGGUCACUAAUUUCGGGACCGGACUUAAGGUCGUUGAGUGCGAGUACUUAUGGAAAAAGUAUAUCGAUCAGCAAUAA